GUAGUAAAUAACUGGCAGGCCUUCAUGGAUGCGUACAGCCGUUACACCACCGAGUGGUCGAAGAUCUACUUUGUGUGCUGGUGGCUCACCUCCUCGGUCAUGUGGGUCAACUUGUUUGUGGCGCUCAUCUUAGAGAACUUCAUCUAUAAGUGGGACCGCAGUCACAGCUGCUCUGUUACAGAUGUGGAGAAAAUCAGAUAUGAAACUUCUGUUCAGCUCAUGUUCAGAGAGCAAGUCAAGGAGCCAACAGAGGAAGAAUUACUCUGUCAACUACACCAACACCCGCACUUACAUCUACACUGGUGACACACACACACACACGCAUACACAAACACACACACACACACACACACACACACACCGAGUGCAAAGACUUAAUGAGUCCAUGUGUUAUAGGAGCACUGAGAGGUCAAUAUUACUGGUAUAUUUUAAUUUUAGAUUACUGUAAGUAUGUAAUUACUACUACUAUUAUUAUUUCUUAUUCAUGAAACGCUGAACUGCAGUUUCACUUGUACACAGAGCAGACGUCACGUCAUUGGUUGAUGUGGGCGGGGCUAAAGAGACAAAAAAUGUGUGCCAAAUCCAUACUGAAAUUCUUUAAUUUCUUUGCAAUAAGAAAAUGUAGCAAACUGUGACGACAAAAAGCUCCUGCCAAGCUUUAAUUUGGAAACUGCACAUAGAGAAAGCCACAUCUCCAAAUGUUACUUUUUUAUUUUUAUUUUUGUCAAGUUGUGGCGCCACGAGUUUCACUAGAGUGAAAAAAAAAAUGAACUCGGGAAAAGCCCCCAGUGGCGGUUCAGGACUAUUAAAAAUGGGGGACCACCAGGUCCAAACCACUGUUACAUACCAACACUACCCUCAUAGGAUCGGUUCCCCCAAAAUAAUGAUUCACGCAGACCAUAAACACAAGAAUACAGUGUUAUUGUAUGUCAUGUAAAUAUUAUUUAUCACUGCCCAUGAAUGAUCAUAUGCAACAGUAAAGGGGGUCCAGACUUAAUGUUACUGGUCUCUGGUCCCUCCUCUGAGUCACCAUUGUGAGCAUCUUUAACACUUAACCCUUUGAAACCUGAGCAAAUUCAGCUGAUACUUUUACUGACACUCAAAAACAGGGGAAGAGGGCAAUUAGCAACAAAAGAAUAAAUGACCCAAAAAUCAGCAAGAAAUUAGAUUUAAAAAAUAC